AUGAAGGUAGGAGUGAUUGAGACCCAUCACUCCCAUACGGUUGUUCCCAGUGUGGUCGUGCAAGACACCAGUGAGGAUCCUGGGCAGAUGCAGGAAGGGGAAAACAGAUUCCUUAGGCAACAGUAUCUACCUGGUACGUUUGCACUCUACAAUAUUAACAACAAUAGUAAUAAAGAUGAGUAAAAGAAAAAGAAAAAAGAAAAGAAGAGCAAGUCAGAAAAAAAAAAAGAAAAAGAAAAGGAUGGAGAACAAAAGAAAAAGGAAAAAAAGGAAAAAAACAAAAACAAAGAUAAGUCCAAGAACAAAGAAAAGAAAGAGGAGAAGAAGAAAGAAAUUUCCAUUAUUGAUCCAGCAGGAAAUCUGUAUUAUAAUUGGUUGUUUUGCAUCACAAUGCCUGUCAUGUACAACUGGACCAUGAUUAUUGCUAGAGCCUGUUUUGAUGAACUUCAGAAUGACUACUUGGCAGUGUGGUUCAUUGCUGAUUAUGUUUCUGAUGUCAUCUAUGUUGCUGACAUGUAUGUACGGACAAGAACAGGUUACCUGGAGCAAGGUCUUCUGGUCAGAGAAGAAGAAAAGCUUAGAGAGAAGUACAAGACAUCUUUUCAAUUCAAAUUAGAUUUUUUGUCUAUCAUACCAACUGAUCUCUUAUACUUUAAGUUAGGACUGAAUUACCCAGAAUUAAGAAUAAACAGAUUACUUAAAGUAGCUCGUAUGUUUGAAUUCUUCCAGCGAACAGAAACAAGGACAAACUACCCAAAUAUCUUCAGGAUCUCUAACCUUGUCAUGUACAUUGUGAUUAUUAUUCACUGGAAUGCUUGUGUGUACUACUCGAUCUCCAAAGCUAUUGGAUUUGGGGCUGACACAUGGGUCUAUCCCAACACCUCUCAUCCUGAAUUUGCCCGUCUGACUAGAAAGUAUGUCUAUAGUCUCUACUGGUCAACACUGACCCUGACUACUAUUGGUGAAACGCCCCCUCCUGUAAGGGAUUCUGAGUAUUUCUUCGUGGUUGUUGACUUCUUGGUUGGAGUAUUGAUUUUUGCUACCAUUGUUGGUAAUGUAGGUUCUAUGAUCUCCAAUAUGAAUGCUGCCAGAGCAGAGUUUCAAGCAAGGAUUGAUGCUAUCAAGCAGUAUAUGCACUUUCGGAAUGUAAGUAAAGACAUGGAAAAAAGAGUUAUAAAGUGGUUUGACUAUUUAUGGACAAAUAAAAAAGCAGUGGAUGAAAGGGAAGUCUUGAAGUAUCUGCCAGAUAAACUAAGAGCAGAGAUUGCAAUCAAUGUUCAUCUGGAAACACUGAAAAAAGUUCGGAUUUUUGCAGACUGUGAAGCUGGGCUGUUGGUUGAACUAGUCUUGAAACUCCAGCCGCAAGUAUAUAGUCCUGGAGAUUAUAUUUGCCGGAAAGGAGAUAUUGGACGAGAGAUGUACAUUAUCAAAGAAGGCAAACUUGCAGUAGUUGCUGAUGAUGGAAUUACGCAAUUUGUGGUCUUAAGUGAUGGCAGCUACUUUGGAGAGAUUAGCAUUCUUAAUAUCAAAGGUAGCAAAGCUGGCAACAGAAGAACAGCCAAUAUUAGAAGUAUUGGUUACUCGGACUUGUUUUGUCUAUCUAAAGAUGACCUCAUGGAGGCUUUAACAGAGUAUCCAGAUGCAAAGGCUAUGCUGGAAGAGAAAGGAAAACAAAUCUUAAUGAAAGAUGGAUUGUUGGACAUUGAAGUUGCAAAUUUAGGAAGCGAUCCUAAAGAUAUAGAAGAGAAGAUCACUCACAUGGAAGGAGCAAUGGACAGAUUACAAACCAAGUUUGCCAGAUUGUUGGCUGAGUAUGAUGCUGCACAACAGAAACUGAAAAAAAGACUUACACAGAUUGAGAAAAUAUUGAAGCCAGUGGUGGAGCAUGAAUUCUCAGUCUUAGAAGAAUUAGAUCCAUCCACAGACAAACCUGGAGUGUCAAAAGCAGAAUGA